UCCAUUUGCUGCUGUUAGCUAAGCUGCUGGAAAGUUGUGUAACGAGGAAAAACACAAAAAGGACACCGGUCGGGGGGGACGACAGGCGUAUUCACGUUAUAGUAGAGGGUCCGUCCUCAAACAUUCACCCUCCAACAUCUUUCCAUUUCUUCUUUCUUUUUUAAAUAUUCACUGCAGACAUGUUUUCACUGACGACGUCGUUUCAGCCACAGCAGAUGAUAGUGCCCCUCAGCCAGCUCAUCAAUGCCCUCCACUCUCUGAAGAGCACAGCCACCGCCUCAGUCCAGACUCUGCACAAAGACUUCACUCCAGAGCACAGUUCAUUUCUAAAAGAGCCCAGUGUGAGCCUGCGGGACCUGGGCCUGUCAGAUAUCCGGGUCAGUCAGCUGGAUGAGCUUGUCAGCAGGUUACUGCCAACACUUGGACCAGAACAACCUCCCGCCGUUCCUUCGACAUGGAAGACGAGUCACCUUUCCACAAACAGCUUCUUUCACAACAAGCAUGGGUUUUCUCACAGAAGGACGGGAGUUUUUGGCUCUCAAAUAUUCCAUAGACAAUACCACAGUCCUGUAAAAGACGUUUGCUCACAGCUUCAAUUCUUGCCUGUGUGGGUCCAAAGCCGAGGUUUCAAGACACUCAGAACAAAGGCCAGGCGAACGGGGACCGGAUAUGAUGGUCCGGUGGAGUCCGAGACAUACACACCAAACUUCAUGAAGGGGUUGCUCCUGAGGGAAAAGGGACCUGAGGCUCAGUCACUGGACCAACUGACGAAAAACAAAAACCUUCCAGAAAACCAGCAGGAGGCUUUCAAGACAGGUUUCACUGAGGGAUUCAUGAGAUCCCAGGCCUUCACUCAGAGAACACAAGACUCCUUGAGGAGAACCAGGUUGAUCCUGUUGGUCCUCCUCCUUGUCGGUAUUUACGGUCUGUCGAGAACCCCGUUUCUCUCGGGUAAAGGCUCCUUUUCUGAUGCUGUGAGGUUCCGCACCACAUCUGGACUAGACUCAGCAGUGGACCCCAUCCAGAUGAAGAAUGUGACAUUUGAUAACGUCAAAGGAGUGGAGGAGGCAAAAAAUGAAUUACUAGAAGUCGUAGAUUUUCUCAAGAACCCCCAGAAGUUUACCGUUCUGGGUGGAAAGCUUCCUAAAGGGGUCCUCCUUGUUGGUCCACCGGGCACAGGAAAGACUCUGUUAGCACGAGCCGUGGCUGGGGAGGCUGAUGUGCCUUUCUACUACGCCUCCGGAUCAGAGUUUGAUGAGAUGUUUGUGGGUGUGGGUGCAAGCCGCAUCAGGAAUCUCUUCAAAGAGGCAAAAGCUAACGCCCCCUGUGUGAUCUUCAUUGAUGAGUUGGACAGUGUUGGUGGAAAGAGAAUUGAGUCUCCUAUGCAUCCUUACUCCAGACAAACCAUCAACCAGCUGCUGGCUGAAAUGGAUGGGUUUAAACCAAAUGAGGGCGUCAUCGUCAUUGGUGCUACAAACUUUGCAGAGGCUUUGGAUAAUGCUCUGAUCAGACCCGGGAGGUUUGACAUGCAGGUGACGGUCCCUCGUCCAGAUGUGAAAGGACGCACAGAAAUUCUCAACUUGUACCUCUCCAAAAUUAAAGUGGACACUGCCGUAGAAGCUGAGAUUAUUGCCCGGGGCACAGUUGGCUUCUCUGGGGCUGAGCUUGAGAACCUGGUCAACCAGGCAGCCUUGAAGGCGGCUGUGGACGAGAAAGAGAUGGUCACAAUGAAGGACCUGGAGUUUGCCAAGGACAAGAUCCUCAUGGGCCCUGAGAGGAAGAGUGUUGAAAUUGACAAGAAGAAUAAGACCAUCACAGCCUACCAUGAGUCCGGCCAUGCUAUUGUUGCUUUUUACACCAAAGAUGCAAUGCCUAUCAAUAAGGCCACCAUCAUGCCUAGAGGACCAACUCUUGGCCAUGUGUCCAUGCUCCCCGAGAAUGACCGCUGGAGUGAGACACGAGCCCAACUGCUGGCUCAGAUGGAUGUCAGUAUGGGCGGUAGAGUAGCAGAAGAGCUCAUCUUCGGAGAUGACCACAUCACCACAGGAGCAUCCAGUGACUUUGAUGGCGCAACCAGAAUAGCAAAAAUGAUGGUGACCAGAUUCGGCAUGAGUGAUAAGCUCGGUGUCAUGACCUACGGAGAUGUUACCAAGCAGAGCCCUGAGACACAAGCUGCCAUCGAACAAGAAGUCAGGGCUUUACUAAAGGACUCAUAUGAGCGUGCUAGAGGUAUCCUGAAGACCUACAGUAAUGAGCACAAGAAGCUCGCUGAUGCACUGCUGACAUAUGAAACUCUGGAUGCCAAGGAGAUCCAGACAGUGCUCGAGGGAAAAUCACUGGACCACUAGAUACCUCAGGAGACAUUUUAGACUCUUAUAUCAUGUACAUAUAUAUAUGAAGCUGUGCAAUCGAGCACAGGCCUUUUGGAGGCCUUGUAUUUCAUUUGUUUGUAUCCCUCUUAUUAAUAUGAAGAUGACACUGAAAUUGUGUUUCACCCCUUAUAUACAAUUUUUAUUUUUAAAUUUUUCAGACGUUCAGUUUCACAGCAAUUUUUUUUAGAGCACUUCAAAGUUUAAUUGGAUAUCUAUAAUAAUAAAAACUUUCCCUCCACAAAUUUGUGUACUGCAGUUCACAAAGAUUGUUCUUUACUAUCAAGACAAAUGACUUCUGUAGUAGUUUCAUACAUCAGAGUCAUAUUGGGUUUCUUAGCAAGAUUAUAUACGGCAAAUUAAUUCAACAGACAUCAAAGGUUAAGAUGACUGAUGAGUUUGUUUAUUUGUCUUGUUUGUCAUUGACGUAUUUCACCUAAAAUUGUACACCAUAGUACCUUAAAGUACCUCAAUCUAGAAUGUACCAUUUGGUUGUAGCAAGGUACAGGUGAUGAUAACUGUGUUGAAAACGUAGUCAUUUACUCUACAUGAUGUAUUUAAGUUGCAUCGACCAUCUAUUUUGUUUUGUUCUUAUUUAUUUAAGUGCCCAAAGGUAUGUCCUCUUUUUCUUGAAUUAGUGAUAGGCCCUCAUGUCCUAUUCUAUGCUCACCUGUAACAGACAAAUAAGGGGAAAUGUGUAUAUACUGUGAGCGUGUUUAAGGAUUGAUUUUUGUGCUUCUGUUUGUCCCUUUGUACAAUGGUCAUCUUGAAGCUCAAAUAAAGGUUACUCUUACUCA